CGCGGCCAGGGGUUUGAGGAGAGGGAAAGAGAGAGGGAAACGCAGUCAGAGAAGCAUGGCUGGUCGAGUCGAAAUGUGUGACAGUAGCCUUAGUCUGGAUAGUUUAAUCCUUAGUCUGCACGACAUCCAAGCGGUCAAGUUUGGGACUUUUAAGCUAAAGAGCGGACUCACUUCACCGAUAUAUUUUGACCUUAGAGUAAUAGUUUCUCAUCCAGCCUUGAUGAACCAGGUGGCAGAUCUUCUUCAUAAGCGUGCUGAGGAUGCGGGAGUUGAGUUUGAAAGUGUGUGCGGCGUCCCUUACACAGCUCUUCCUCUGGCCACCAUCAUCUGCUCUACCAAACACUACCCCAUGCUUAUUCGGCGAAAGGAGGCAAAGGACUAUGGAACGAAACGUCUCAUCGAGGGAAUCAUCCACCCCGGUGACAGAUGUCUGAUCGUCGAGGAUGUCGUGACCAGUGGUAGCAGUGUUCUAGAGACCGCUGAGGUGCUCGAGAAGGAAGGUCUGAAGAUCACAGACGCUGUCGUGUUAAUGGACAGAGAGCAGGGAGGCAGUGCCAGGCUAGCUGACCGCGGCAUCACUCUUCAUUCAAUCGUUUCUGUCUCCAGGCUUCUGGAUGUGUUGCUUAAAGCUGGUCGAAUAGACGCUGCCACUUCUCAGAACGUCGAGAGGUUCAUUCAGGAAAAUAACACCUACAUAUCAGCCGAGCAGAAUGGGCUCUCGGCUCCUAAAAAGAGCCGUAAGGAGCUCAGCUAUGGGGCUCGGGCUGCAUUGCCAGACACCCACCCUCUCGCUGUCCGCCUGCUGAAGAUCACGGAGGACAAGAAGAGCAAUCUGUGUGUGUCUGCAGAUGUGACUCGCUCUGAGGAGCUGCUGGAGAUAGCGGAUACGCUGGGGCCACUGAUUUGCGUGUUGAAGACUCAUGUGGACAUUCUGCAGGACUUCACUGCUGAUGUCGCCAGCGGCCUGAAAGAGUUGGCUAUAAAACACAACUUCCUGAUUUUUGAGGAUCGCAAGUUUGCAGACAUUGGAAACACGGUCAAGCAUCAGUAUGAAGGCGGUCUCUAUAGGAUCUCCUCAUGGGCUCACAUCAUUAAUGCCCACGCGUUGCCAGGUCCGGGUGUGCUGCAGGGUCUCGGUGCAGUUGGCAAGCCUCUGGGUCACGGCUGUUUGCUCAUUGCUCAGAUGAGCUCGCAGGGUUCCCUAGCAACAGGAGAUUACACUCAAGCAGUGGUCAAGAUGGCUGAAGACCAUACAGAUUUUGUGUUUGGAUUCAUAAGUGGAUCAAAGAUCAGUGAGAAGCCUGGUCUGGUUCACAUGACUCCAGGAGUGCAAAUGCUGACAGGAGGGGAUGGACUUGGACAGCAGUAUUCAAGUCCAGAAGAUGUGAUCUGCACCAAAGGCUCUGAUAUCAUCAUUGUGGGACGUGGUAUUCUUGCCAGCUCAGAUCGGAUCAGAGCUGCAGAACAAUACAAAAUGGCAGGCUGGCAGGCAUAUCUGAAAAGACUCUCACAGGCCAGCUGAUGAAACCCCGUCAGGAAAGAGAACAAAGAAUUUUCGGGUCCUUUGACAUCUGGUCUUGCUUAGUCAUUCCAUCCAUGUUUUAAAAAACUCCCUAUAAUUAUUAAAAAAGAUACAUAAUAUUGAAAAAUUUCAGUUUAAUAUGAAUAUGAACGGUGAAGACUGGUGCUUAUUGUCUUGUACAGCUAGCUGGAUCUGGCCUGCUGGUAACCGUUUUUGUAAGCCUGGAUAAGAAAGUAUUCAAAGUUGGGGUACAUUAAAACAGUAAUACUAUGGAAACAUCUUUGCUCAAGAAACAUUUCAUAACAAGGUUUGAAUGAGUUGUGCUGCUUAGUGUUUUUUUGUUUUGUUUAUGGAAACAUGAUACAUUUUUCAAGAUAAGUGUUAGAAAAAAUGCACACAUGAUUACAUUUAUUUUUGUAACAAGCUCAUUUUAAUGCUUGGCAUUGGUUAAAUAUUUGUAAAAAAAAAAACAUCUGAUUUAUAAUAAUUCAGAAAUAUGCUAUGUAUAUAUGUGUGAAGAAGUUCGGAAACUGUUUUACAGCACACCUGACUGGGCUAAGGUAUGGCAACUGCAUACGCUCCCAUGUGGAAAUGUUCUUGCCACUCUAGAUGUACAGCACAAUUAAACAUCAAGCUAUGUUCAACAACAAUAAAA